AUGGCUAGAGAUAAACCACCGAUCAGCGAUUUCUAUUUCGCCUGCAGAAAUGGGGAUGUGGAAUUUGUUAAACAAAUGUUGGAAGAAGCAGAAUGUGAUUUGAAUUGUUUAGAAUCGAAUGGUAGUACACCGUUACAUGCCGCUUGCUAUUAUGGCCAUGAGGAGAUAGUUCAGUUGCUUAUUGCACAUAACUGCGGUCGAUCGCAGAUCAAUAGCCACGGUUUAACAGCUUACGAAGAGGCAGCUAAUGAUGAAAUCCGUCAAUUGUUUAAACGUCCAGGUCGUGAAGGUUCUCAACGUUUCCAAGAUGAAAGUGUCGACAAUUCUUUCGAUUUCGUACAUCAUCCCAAUGAAGAAGAUAUGACUACUACUGCUGCUACUCCUGCCACUGCAACUCCUGCUGCCACUUCUGCAAGUGAUUCAGUGUCGACAGUAAGAAAGCCACCUGUUCAAGGUUAUAAAACCAAAGAAGAAAAAAAACUCGAAAUUGGCUAUGCCACAACGUCUAUAACUAUGUGUCAAUCAAAAUUAGCGCGAUUUGUAGUAGAUAGAUUUCAGCACGAUGCCCCGAUGUCAGUAAAAAGUAUUGGUCUUAAACUUCAAGAAAUAAUCGACAAAGAAAUUAUCGCUAAAGAAGAUCCUCAAUCACAAAAAGCAACUGAUCUUCUAAAUAAGUUUUUAAAUGAAAAAGAUAAUGAUCAUCGUAUCGAAUAUCUGAUACAUUUAUAUACGCUUGAGACAAGAUUUUAUGGAGCCUUAAAAGCUAAUUCGAUUCCACUGGCUCUGCCACUUUAUAUGAAACUACAAAGAUUAAAAGAGCGAUAUUUUCAGGGGGAAUCGUAUCGUGGUGCGAAAAUGACGAAUGAUGAUAUUUCUGCAUACGAAUGGGCCGUUGAUAAUCGUGGCAGUCUUUUACAGACCAGUAAUUUUUCUUCCACGUCAGUACAUCGCUCCAUUGCUGAAGAAUUUGCUGAUAAACCAUCGAAACCAAACGAUACUCGAAAUCGGGUUCUCUUUAUAUUUGAUUUUCCAAGAAAAUGUGAUCAGGCUAUUAACUUGAAUAGGAUAUCCGAUAAAUCACCGUGUUUAUCGGAAUACGAAGACGAAGGUGAAAUUUUAAUAUUACCUUGGACAUUAUUUGAGGUGAAAAGUGUUAAUAAAGAGGCAAAUAAUGGACGUUUGUCAUAUACAAUUCAUUUAGUAAAUGUGAUUCUACCACGUAAAUCUCUGUUAUCAACAUUUAAAUGGACACUGAAGAAUACCAAAGGUUGUUUGGACCGCUUUAACGAGUACUUUCCCGAACACGAACCUAAAUUCAUAGCAUCCCAACUCAAAAUUAACGCGCUAGUGUUUGACAAGAACGUUCUACAGAAAUGA